GAACAUAAAUAAGAGCAACAUUCAGCACUUUCUUCCUCAGCAGAGUUUAGAAAGGUCAGAGAGAGUGCGAUCUAAUCGGCAGCUCUCUGACAACAAAUAUCAAAGGAGAUGGCUUUUUAACCUCCCCCCCCUUUUUUUUAUUAUCGUGUCUUGUGUAAUCUGGGGUAGUUAUUAUGCAGAAUUCUUCAAGUUGUUCUCUCAAACCUAAAUAAGAUCGAUUUAAGCCUCUAUCCGGGUUUCUGUGCGCUUGCUAACUUGGCUUAACCCUUUGUCGUCUUAAUCGCGCCUGACUGGAUCUUAUUUUCAACAAUCAUCCGACGAUCCGGGUCCCUUCAGAAUUCCCUUCAAUAUCAUGGAUUUUGAUAUUGCUCCAGGCGACAUCAGCCCUGUAAAUGAUCCGUUCAGCGCCGGGCCCGAUGCAGUCCUCAGACCUCCGCGGCUCUCCUUGCCGGAGAUCGGGGCGAGGGGCUCCCCCUGCGUGAACCUGGCCUUCCCCGGACCCAUGGCAGUGCUGUCUCCUGUGACCAACCUGGCUCUAAACAUGAAUAAUCUCGCUGUUCUCGGAGGUCAAUGUGAGACACCGAAGCGGAAGAAAACCCUGCCCCUCCUGAAAAUCCCUUCCUUCGGCUCUGAUGCUUCUUCAGAUGCAGGUCUUGGACUAGAUUCUCCCAGCCCUUUGGAUGCUCUGGAUGCUGAUUUGAAGUUUGAGAAGGCCAUGCAGGAUGCCACACGAGCAGUUAAUGAAAAAAUGCCCAUUCGCAGGAUACACUCUUUGCCACUGCAGUUUUUGGGCCACAGUCCCAAUUUGAGAAAUAAAGAACCAGAUCCCUCGCGCUAUGGAGUGUGGACUCGUGCAAAUAGCAGCGACAACAAAGAGAACCUGGCUGAGGAGAAUUUUGAGUUCAAGAAACCUUCCAUGCCGGCAUCGCGCUGUCGUACACGGUCCACUGGAGGUACCAAGGAUGCUUUUGCCGGCCGACCCAACUCUGCUCCUGCUUUAAUGCUUUCCCCACCUUCAUCCCAUCAGCUCGACUCUUCAGAUGAGAGCAGCCCCUUCAUAUUGCGCCGCCCCUCUCUCUCCUGUCUCCACGAUGACGACGAUGAUGGCUUCUUAGAGGGGCUUGAUGAUGUGGAGAAUGACUCUGAGGUUCCUCUUGGAAUGGACAGUCUUCUCACAGCUCCUCUGGUGGCUAAACAAAGUACUGACAGUAAUUAUUCGCCUGUUGUUCGCUGCCGUCCACGUGGGUUGUUCCGCUCUCCCUCUAUGCCCAACCCCGGAGCUCGUGUCCCGCUAAAGAGACCCGAGAGGCCACAAGAUGAGAACACGCCUGUCAGAGUGAAGAGGAGGCGGAGCCUGGCAGGGACACAAGUUGCACCCACAGAACAGGAGGAUGUUAUGCCUCAUCAGGUUCAAAGGUCAAAGUCGUUUAAUCACACACAGAUUGAAAGAAUGUUGGAUACAGAUCCCAGUAAUGUGAUUGGAGAUUUCACCAAGGCUCCUGCGCUACCCACAGUUGAAGGAAGACACCAAGAGUUGAAAUACAUCACUCCAGAUAUUAUGGUAAACGCAAUGAACGGCCAGUACAGCGAUCUGGUGGAGAGGCUGUUUGUCAUCGACUGCCGCUAUCCGUACGAGUAUGAGGGUGGCCAUAUUAAGGGUGCCCUUAACCUCCAUCAAGAGGACCAAAUUGAAAACUACUUUUUAAAGAGUCCUAUUCUCCCAGAAUGUCCUGAGAAGCGUGUCCUGCUCGUUUUCCACUGUGAAUUUUCAUCUGAACGUGGCCCACGGAUGUGCCGCUUCGUUCGACAAAAAGAUAGAGAUUUGAAUGAGUACCCUAACCUCCAUUACCCUGAACUUUAUAUCCUGAAGGGAGGCUACAAAGACUUUUACCCGCUUCACAAGUCUGUCUGUGAACCACAGGCUUACCGGCCGAUGCAUCAUGAAGACUUUAAAGAAGACCUGAGGAAGUUCCGCCUUAAGAGCCGUACCUGGUCUGGAGAACGCAGCAAGAGAGACAUGUACAGCCGGAUCAAAAAUCUUUGAGCCUCAUGUGCUCCCAUUCCCUCAGCAUUGUACAGCCUUUACUCGCUCAUAUGCUGCCCUCACACACGAGACUUGGCAGAGACCUGAAGACGUGUGUUUGUUGGGAACAGUUGUUGGUUUUCAGGGUUUGGUAUUUCUGUAGUACCACAAUGUCAAACGAGGUUGAGAGGCUAUUGCGUAUCUCUGCCCGUUUGGUUUGAUCUUAUAACUUUUAAACUGCCAUUAUUCACCACCCUGAUCUCCCUUUAGAAACACACAGCUACAUGUCACUGUCAUGUAUUACACACACACACACACACACACACAUUAACUAACCUGUAUUUUUACCCCCACGUUUUUUUGGCCACUGGCCUGUCCUAACUUGUAUGUCGGAUUAAUUAAUGACACUUUUUAACUUGCUCACCCCUCAGAGCACUUUUAUUUUAAAUGUUGUUUUUUUUUUUUUUUUUAAUUGUGGUGAUUACGUGAUUUUUAUGCAUUCAUUUUGCCCCCUCUUUCUCACAUCUGGUCAGUUGCCCAAUGGUAAAGCCGUGAUUACAGCCAGAGGACUAAUUAGAUUUGUUGUAUAAAUUAGUUUAUGUAUUUUGAAUGUCACAAUUAUGCAAAUUCUCAUCAUAAAAUAAUGAUUCUCAUUUUUACACGUAUCUUUUUUUUAUUUCUUUUUCUGUUGACAAUAACCAUAUUGCUUUGAGUGUUCUGGUUUGACUUUGGAAAUUGUGAGCAUUCUUUUAGGGGGAGCUAGCAAUACAUAAAAGGUGUUUUUUUUUUUUUUUUUUCUCCCCUCACUUGGCCGACAGCUUUAACUCGGGGACAGGAUCCUGAAUUUUUCUGCUGCUGGUCAGCAAGUGAUGACCACAUCAAUGUUCACCAAAAUGUUCUGAAAUGAGACUUAGUUCUAUUUGUAAACCAGUGACAGUUGAGAGUUUCAAUUCUCACUCCCAUGCAAGUGUUCUGUAAAUUUUAUUUUUUUCUUCCUGAGUGUAUGUUUUAUUGGUCACGUGUGACUGAGAGGCUGGUUUAUGUAUUCAUGAAUAAACUUGGGAGUUCGGGGGAAUAACUCUUUGCUCAAUCAUGUCUUGAUCUCUUGGAUCGGUGUGCUGUUAUUCACUGGCGUAAGGUGGUUGAGUCACUUGUUUUUCAAAUAUACCGGUCUAGCAGAGACCUUGAAUGGUUAGUCAAGCACCAGCACGUGUCUCUGCACACAUUUGCAUUCCAAAGCUCUUCCACAGAGGAGGAGCCAACAGUUUCCCAGCCGUUCCCUAAAAUCCUGGCACUGUGUCAGACCCGUUCCUGCACUCACGUGCAGUUAAUGUUUGGUUAAUGAGUCAGUGUUUUUGGGCGCUCAUAUCAGUUUGAGCAAACAAGAAAUGGAAGUUUAAGUGUUUAAAAUGUGUGUUAAAGGUUUAACAAAUGUGUUUACCACAACUUCUACAUGUGUAUGGUAGAAGAGCUUUCAAACUGUUGGUCCAGUGCCAAACAUUGAGAUACUCUGCAUGUGGCUUGAUUCCCACCAGACUGAAACAAAUGUAGAUCUUUCUGAGAUAAACGGCGUAUUAGAACACAAAGCAGUAAUUUGGAAUGCAGCCCACGCACAAUCUUUAUAACAGAUGUGGCGUUAGACUUUCAAAAGUUGUUUGACUGUGUUGCUUAACAUUUCAAGGCGAGACACUACAGGCAAAACUGUCUUUUC